CAGCUCCAGAAGCGACACGUCCCGCUCUUUAUUCGGCGUCAAGCGGGCGUUCUUCUCGUCGCUGCAGCGCGUCUUCCACGCCGAUCUGAGCAUCGACACUGGGCUCAUCGCGUAGAUCAGCGAGUGCAGUGCCGCUCACAUUCCUUAUUUGCUCUCGGCCACCCUUUUAAACGCUCGAAAACAUGUCGAUCCACUUUAAAUUCAAGUCGGCCAAGGAGUUCGACACGGUGACGUUCCCAGGUGCCGUGAUCCGCGUGCUGGACCUGAAGAAGGCCAUCGUAGACAAGAAGAAGCUGGCCAAGGGCCUGGACUUCGACCUCGUGAUCACGGACGCGCAGAACGGCAAGGUCUACGACGACGAGAACACGCAGCUACCUCGGAACACCAGUGUGACUGUAAAACGCAUCCCCAGCCAGCAGCCAGGCAGUGGCCUGCUGGCCAGAAUGAAGCAGGAGGCGGCCGUGGCUGCGGCCGCGGCGGCCGCUGCGGCCAUCCACGCGUCGCCUCCCGUCGCCCCCAUGGCCGGCCCGUCCCCCGUGCUGCCGGUCGGGACCACCCCCACACAGCCAAUGGCCACACUUUCGUUGAAUACUGGAGACUCGGCCGCAGGGGCCCAGACGAUGGAGGAUGAGCUGGCUGCUCUACAAUCUAUUCACGAACAAGCUGAAGACAUGCGUGGCUCGAGACUGGGCAAUAAGACAUGGACAGCGUCCAGCGGCAGCAACGCCAAUCAUGUGAUGAACUACUUCUCGGCCAAUGGGCCAGGUGGAGAAGCCGGUGGACGAGGAGGUGGCGCCGGCGGCCGGGGCUUUGGCCGUGGCGGCCGCGGUGGAGAAUUUGGCGGACGAGGAGGAAUGAUGAAUGGAAGAGGCGGCGGCCGUGGCGCCGGUCCUGGAGCCCCCGGCGCGCCGAACCUUUUGGGCAACCCGCCACCCAACUACGUGUGCUACCGAUGCGGCACGCCCGGCCACUAUAUCCAGAACUGCCCCACGAACGGGGAUCCGGAAUUUGAUCAGCACCGAGUGAAAAAGAAAACUGGCAUUCCCAAGUCUUUCAUGAAGGCCGUGAGCGAUCCCAGCGAGAUCCCCGUAGGCGCGGGCAAAACGGUAGUGAACGCGCCGUGGGGCGGGCUAGCUGUGAUAGAACCGCAGAAUAAAAACUUCUCUAAAUUAAUGGCCCGGUCGGGCGGCUCGGCCACCUUGGAUCAAUUCAUCUCGAAUCCACCCGAGCACUUGGCAUGUCCCCUUUGCAGACGGCUCAUGAGCGACGCCGUGCUCAUCCCGUGCUGCCAAGAGUCGGCGUGUGAUGAAUGUCUACGCAGCGCGCUGAUCGAGCGCAAGCUUACGUGUCCGCUGUGUAACGUGAGCAACAUGUCGCCUGAGAAGUUGCUGCCGAACAAGGUGUUGCGGACGUCUGUGGACGAGUUUCUGCGGCGUGCGCGGACAGAGCAACAAGAGCGCGAGCAGUUAGUCAAGGAAGCGGAGGAGAAGGCACUAGCCAAACAGAAGGCAGCAGAAUUGGCGGCCAGCUCAGCUACACGUCGCUCAGGAGACAGCGCAGAUGCGACGCUGGAGAUCAAGAAAGGCAAGAAAGGUGACGGCGAGGAAGAGGAAGAAGACGAGUUUGGAGGCGACAUUUUCGGCGAUGGCGACGAGAAUGAAGAAGCGUCGUCCCCGCAAAAGUCUACUACGCCAGCGUCGGCGUCUCCUCCACAGCCAGCACAACAGCCUCCACUUCCUAAGAAUGAGAGCGAUGCAACGAAAGCGGGCGAAGCUGCUGAUCCUUCGCGGAAGACAAGCGACGCGUCCUCUAAUGGUGGCCAAGCAACCGAAAACGCAGAGAAAACUUCGCCCAGCGUAGGCCCACAAGGAGCGCCGUCUGGAAAUGGCCAAGGUCCUCCUGGACAUCAAAUGCCGUGGGGCCCUGAUGGCCCGCGUGGCCCCCCAAUGGGCUUUAAUGGCCCGCCUGGGCCCUGGUUUGACGGUCCGCGUGGCCAACCUGGCCCCUGGUUUGAUGGCCCGCCUGGGCCGUGGUUCGAUGGUCCGUUCCCAGGCCCUGGCGGGCGAGGUAAGGGCGGCCGUGGUGGCCGUGGCCGAGGCGGCAGGGGAAUGCCUCCUCCAGGCUACUUUGGAGGACCGGGCCCAGAGUACUUUGGGCCCCCUCCUGGACACCCAGACUACUUUGGCCCUCCCCCGCCCUGGUUCGAUGGCCCGAUGCCUUUUGGAGGACGCGGAGGCGGUGGAGAUCGCUGGUAUGAUGGAGAACGAGGACCUCGUGGACGCGACGAUGACCGGCGACGCGACCGCUCUACUUCUCGCGAUAGGGAUCGUUCACGCGCACGCGACCGCUCUACUGGCCGUGAUGGGAAAAGCGAACGCGAUCGUCGGGACGGCAAGGACAAGGACUCGCGUGGUUCACGCAGUGGCGACCGAGAACGAGAGCGCAGUAAGCGCAGUCGGAGUCGCAGUCGUAGUCGUAGCCACAAGCCAGCCCACGGGAGAUCGCGCAGCCGCAGCAACUCGCGCUCUAGACAAGACAAGAAGACUCGUGAGCACACAAGCUCACGGGCUUCAUCAUCGUGUCGGUCCCGUAGUACAAGCCGUGGCCGCCAUCACCGUGAGCACAAAAGCGGCCGCGAUGAUGCGAAGUCAAGCAAGGACUCGAAAGACUCGAAGGAUUCGAAGAAGGAGUUGGACAAAGACUCGAAAACUUCUAGUGAGAAAGAGAGAAAGCCCAAAGAAGAAGAGAAGAAACAAGAAAGCACCGUUAAAGACGUCAAGCUGGACCAGGUCGCUGCGCCUGCCAUUGACCUUGACUUUCUGGCUGAACCGAUGGAUGAAGACAUGCAGAGCGACAAUGAAACUCCUGCUACCCCAGCUAAGCUGGACCGUAAGAAGAGCGAUGAAAGCAUGACAGGCAAAAAGGCUAAGGAUGAAGACAAGAAGAGUCCUCGCGAUGACAAGAGGAGUUCUCGUGAUGACAAGAAGAGUUCUCGUGAUGAUAAGAAGAGUCCCCGUGAUGUUGACAGGAAGAGUUCUCGUGAUGAUGACAAGAGGAGUUCUCGUACCGAUCGUGAGAAGAAAGAAGACAAACGCAAUGGCAGUCGCUCCUCUUCUCGUAAGCACGAUGGAUCUCCCAGCCGCUCCAGCCGUGGACGUGACCGCGACCGCGACCGUGAGCGCGACCGUGACCGCGGCUCAACUUCGGAGAAGAGAGGAGCGUCUUCUUCUCGUAGCCGCCGCAGUCGUUCACGUUCGCGAUCGGUGACUCGGCGUGGGUCGUCGCGAGAAUCAUCUCGUCGACGCGCGGAGGACAGCAGCUCUUCAUCGCGUGCAAAGGAACGCAGUAGCGGCGGAGAUCGAGACCGAGACCGCGGCCGUGAGCGUGAUCGUGACCGGGAGCGCGACCGGGAGCGUGACCGUGCGCGGGACAAAGACCGACCUCGUGAUCGUGAGAAGACUAACGAAAAAGAUCGCAAAGAGCGCGACCGGCCUCGUGACCGCAAAGAACGGGAAGGAAAGCGCGCCCGUGAUGCUGCAGGCGACGAUAAUACCGCAGGUGGGGACCGGAAACGACGUCGUAGUGCUGAGAAGGAGCGUCGUGGCGAGAAGGGAUCGAAAAGCUCGAAUGGCGGCGGCAGUGGACGCGUAGUUACCGCAACGUCCGGAUCCUCGCGUGGCUCUCGUGGAGGCCGCCGCCGUCGUGGUGGCGGUGGUGGUGGAGGUGGUGGUGAUGAUGACAAGCGACGGAUUGAGGUGGAGGGCGAAGGCAAAAGCGGCGGUAACGACCGUAAGAGACCCCCUCGCAAGAAAAGCGACGAUCGUGGAGGCAAGGGAUCCGGUGAACCUACAACCAAGAAGCGAUCUGUGCUGGACCGACUUGGCCCCAAGCUCUAAAGACACCGUGGUUUGAACACGAAAGACUGACCACUAGCCACUCAGUUGAGCCCAGUGCCUUGACUGGGUUUUGAAUUUCGUGUUGGAUCGCCUCAUUUUUCUUUUUGACGCAAAGUAAUGCAUGGAUGACAAGAACUCUGAAUGGGUCAGCACGGGUUUCUGGUUAAUUUUCUACUGCGUACUGUAA